AUGGACGGAUACUUGCUUUGUUGGCUUUGGAAGCGCUUCUUCCGGAAAUCUGGCGACGGCUCUGAUUCCGCAGAGAUGCAGAAGCCAGACUCAGACGUAAUUGAGGCUGCGAGAUUUGAGCUGCAAGAUCGAGUCGACAAGACUGAGAAGCAUUGUUCGAUCAGUGGUCUUUCUAGGUCAAAAAUUUUCCGGCACGAUCAAGACACGACCACGGUCACUGAACCACUGGAGAAACUACCGGAAAUUGUCCUUGUGGGUGUUGAUGAAUCGUCAAUUAGUCGUCAAUUGGUCGUCGAUUAG